UAUAGUAUCCUGCAUUGUCUCAAACUACUACAGUACUACUAUUCAACUUUGCUCUUAUUGUACUUAAAGUUCUAGUCUUUGGGGGUUAUUUGUCUAAAUAGAACUUCAUUUUAAAAAUAAUUGGAGCUUUCUUGAUAAAGAGUAAUUGAAGCUAAUAAUAUGAGCCUUUAUAUUGUGUUAUUAUUGGGUGACUCGUGUUAGAAAUGAAUUAUGCGGACACUUUGUGAUGUUUGUGAAAGUGCUGCAGCCAUUCUUUUCUGUGCUGCAGAUGAGGCUGCCCUUUGCCGUGCCUGUGACGAAAAGGUUCAUAUGUGUAAUAAGCUUGCUAGUAGGCAUGUGAGGGUUGGACUUGCUAAGCCCAAUGAUGUUCCUCGUUGCGACAUAUGUGAAAAUUCACCUGCGUUCUUUUACUGUGAAGUUGAUGGAAGUUCUCUUUGUCUCCAAUGUGACAUGAUGGUACAUGUUGGAGGUAAACGAACACACAGCAGGUAUCUCCUGCUGAGGCAGAAAGUUGAGUUUCCAGGAGACAAGUCUCAGCCUGCAGAGGAAUUAGCCAGGAAUGGGAGUGCAGAUGGGCAGGGCAAGAAGGACAAAAUGAUCGACUUGAAUGUGAAGCCAAGUCGUUAUCAUGGUCAGGCAUCUAAUCAUGAGGAGUAACUCAUCUUGAGGGGGAUUGUUCCAGCCAGAUAUUUUAUGAGCAAAUGUUAGUGAGGCGUCAAAUAGACCUCAUGUGGCAUGCAUGGUGUUCCACCUUUGCACAUAUGGUAGAAGGUUCACCAAUGCUAUUGAUGAGGCUAAGUAGCCCAGAUAUAGUAAUCGAACAACAUUUGGCAACUAGUGUAAGAUAAAGCGCAUGUUCUGAAUGCUUUGAGCUCCGCUGAAGUCUAAACUUCACAGCUAGAUUUUUGCGGGACUCAUGAUCAGUUUUUGCUUUAGGAUUUAGUUUUUUCCGUACGUUAAGACAGCACUAUAGAAACUGUGUGCUGAAAGUAGUUGAUGUAACUGAAGUUUAUUAUGAUUUUGGUAGAAGUUCUUGUAUCUUGAAAUUUAAGGUAAUUUUUUGGGUGUA